GUUCCUUCUCUUCGCUAUCCAGCCCUCCGAGUCAAGUAAGUUCCCCUUUCCUUCUAUACUUUUCCCGGUCAUGUCUCCUCUUAGCGAUAGGGUCUCUUUCUCAGAGGACUGCUCCUCUGAGAAUUCCAACUCCUCUUCCUCGACCGGGUCUUCUUCUUUGAACUCUUCGCCCGGUCAGGUUCCCCAGUCCUCCAUUCCUGACCCGCAUCCCGUUAAUCAGAUGCCCGGUGAAACCUUCGUGGGGAGGGAUGACCCGGUUGAUGACGAACCGGGUCCCUAUGAUCCCGAACAUGAAACCCGGGAUGCAUGGGAGGCGCGGCUCCAUGCCGCCGGUUACUUUCCACUCCCCACCUUCUACGUCCUUGACAUACCUUCCCGUGUAUCCAAAAUUGCCUUAAACAAAAUCCGUAGGAGGCUCCCGGAUGGGUAUACCCUCCUCUACGAACCUAACUGGCCCAAUAUCGUUGAACCCCACCGGGAGGAUAGGAUAGGGUUUCAUACCAUUUCUCUGGACGCGGGCAUAUUCUUUCCCCCUCGCUCCCUCCUCAUUGAAGUCUGCCAUGCGUUUAGGAUUUUGCCCGGCCAAAUAACUCCUAACGCCCACCGGUACCUUCAUUCCUUCGUAAAUAUUUGUACCCAUCUGAAAAUCUUCCCCUCUUUGCGUCUUUUCCUUUUUUGCUUCGAAGUCCUACCGGGCGGAUCCGGCUGCGAAGGCUUUGUAUUCUUCAAAGCCCGUACCGGUAGGAAGUUCAUUUCCGAAGUCCCCCAGAGUAACCGGGGAUGGAAGGAAAAAUUUGUUUUCAUCGAGUUUCCCCCCUUCUUCACUCCUCUGGCCGGUCUGAGAUGGAACGACCAUCUGCUCGACCAAGAGUACACUGCACCGGCUUCCUCCCCAGACUUGGAAGCGAAUCUUGAGGUCCUCAUGCGUGGGGAUCCUUUCACCGGGAGGACUUUCCAUUAUGGCAGCUGGGUUUGGAGGGUCAAAUCGGGUGGUGAGGGUACCUCCCCGGCCCAUGACGCAGCGGGGCGCGGGGUACCCUCCCCGGGCAACACUGCGGAGGCUGAGGGCAACUCCCACCCAGACAUGGAGUUCGAAGAAUUCGCCAUGCCCGAAGAUCAGCCCGAGGGAGAGACCGGUGGUUCUCAGGCCGGUACUGCGAAAACCUUCAAGGUCCAACCAGAGACCGUGGAAAUCCACGAUUUGGACGAGCCGAAGGAUGACCGGUCAAAAGGGAAGGGCAAGGAGAAAACCGGCCGGCGGAUAAAAAAGGUGGCCACCACACACCCAUCCUUCGCCAAGAAGAGGCAAAGAGGGGACUCAGAGCCGGCCGGCCAGUCUAUUGAAGAGGCCUUCAUCAACCUGGGCCUGAGGUUGAAGGAGGCGGGGGAGAUCGGACCCCUCUCAGCUGACCGGCUUGGUUUGGGCUCUUCUUCGGAGUUUGCCCGGCUGAGGAAAGAGAAGGAGGAGAUGGCUCUCAUCCUAAAGAGCCAAGCUGAUGAGUUGGCCAGGCUAUCCGGGCUGACCGGGUCGAUGAGGGCGGAGAUCUCUCACCUUAAGGAAGAGAAUGGCCGGCUGAUGGACGAGGUGUUUGAAGCCAAGAGGGAGAUGGCGGAGAAGGAAGAAACCUUCCCCGGGCGCGCAGCUGCCUGGGUGGAAGAGAACAAAGCUGAAGCUGCCCGGGUGAUGACGGCGACUCCCGAGACCACGAUGGAGUCCUUCAGGCUUCUUUACCGGGAGCCUGAAGGAAGGAAGAUGAUUACCGCGAUUGGAUCCUUCAGAUUCAAGAGCGGUCAAAAGAAGGACAGGAUCGCCUCUCACCGGGUACUGCUCAGAAAAGAUCCGGACUUCGCCGCUGCAUCAUACGGCUUGGCCUCUAUCCCGGAAGAAGAGCCGACUCCCCCCUUCCCCAUUGACUGAUCUCCCCGGCUGUGCCCGGUUACUCUUUGUAAAACUUUUGGUAGAGAUUCCCCCGGGUAUGCGCGGCGUACUUGUAAACAUUU